AAUACGCCGGCCAGGAAGAAGCAUCCAUCUAAUUAUCGGCGAUCGGCUGUCGGCCUGUUCCGCUGUCUUGCCAUUGGCCGGUCUGCAACAAGAAAAUGUAAAAAUUGCCGCGGGCGCGAUGUGCGCCGCCAAGAGCAACUGAGAACGGAGAAGCACUUCUCUACUGGCAACAACAUCCAUUCAGGCCGACCCGUUCUUCCGGCUGCCGAUCCGCCGCUUUCCGCACGCCUGCAUCGCCGGAUUACACUGAUAAGCGCCGCAGCCAGCAGACAAACAGACUAUUCUUUUCGCAGUGUCCAUUUUCAAGCAGCCAACAUGUUUUCUCUGUACACUAUUGGACUGUUUAUCUUCUGCAAGCUGUUGGGAGCGGCGGUGGCGCUGCGCUGCUACGAGUGCAACUUCGACCCGCUGCACCCGACGGCCUGCUGGAACGUCACCGCCCAGCAGUCGGUGGUCUGCGGGAACGCCCGCGAGACCGUCUGCUCCGUGUCCGCCUUCCACUUCCGCGCCGACAAGGAUGACAAGGACACCGAACAUUUGUUGAUUACGCGCGGAUGCGGCCGCAACAUCCUCUCGGGCGCCCACACCGACACCACCAAGCACUACCAAGAUAAACGGCACAAUGGCGUCACCUGCGUGGCGGCCAAGAGCGAGGAGGCCACGGUGGAGUGCUGGUGCUCCACGGACGACUGCAACGGCGCCACCAGCCUCGUCCUGGCCGACGGCAGCGUCUUCGGAUCCCGCAGCGCGGCGGCCACUUCCGCCCCGGCCGGCGUCGUCACCGCCAAGUCCACCUCCGCUUCCGGCGCGCUCCUCUCGUCCGGCCUCCUCACCGGACUGGCCGUCUUGCUGGCGGCGUAACGGUGUCACGUGAUUUAUUUUUACCCGUGCCUUGAGCAUUAUGCAAGCGUGUUGAUGUGGUGCGGAUUACGCGAGAGCGAAUAAACUGACAUUCGUCGAGUGUAUACGCCGGUUGUCGGCGUCGUUAACCGGCGGUUAUGUGGUGUGUCAUUGGAGAUUUCAACAGUUAUUAUUCUCCCAAGCUGACGCUAGAUAAAUUAUGCUCACUUCACUGCUGUAGUUGUACGCGGCGGUAUCUUGCAGCACAUUGUAUACAAAGUGUACCCUUACUCAACAUAUUUAUAUUG